AAUAGUGAUCACUUUAUGUCAGUAUGGCUAAAACGCCCCCACUGUUUACAUACUCACUUAGCUUCCUAAAGCCUAAACAGCACUAGCAGCCUUACAUUUUAUCGAGAUCUUUAAACGGUUUUGCUAAAGCUUUUGCAAAAUGAAAGCUAUUUCCAUGAUAGAGAAAUCGGAAUAAACAUGUCGCAGGUAUUUAAGAAUCAGACAAGGCAUGCCCAUAAUUCCGGAGUCAUGUUAAACGACAACCUGACAACCGACGAAUGUGACUGGAAGCGUGCCCUGCGUAUGAACGUCACGGAUGACACACGAGAAUCCGCCUAUGCUUCGCUGUUAUAUCUUGUUGCAUUCCCCGUGUUGCUCUGUUUGUGCACCGUCGGAAGUGUCCUUACCGUCGCUGUUCUUUUGAACGAUCGAUUGCAGCGGAAAAUCUCCACGGCGAUCUACAUGGUCGGAGCAGCCCUCGGAAAUUUAUGUAUCAUGUGGCCUAAUUUUCCUGACUAUUUCUUCUUUUUGAGGGCAGCGAUUUCGCAAGGGUAUGAUAAGGCACAAAAUUCUUUUCCUUCGUAUGAGGCGGACGGUUUUCUUGACUUCCUGGGUGGUACCGCCCUUCAGUUUGUCGAUUGGACUUUGAUAAUCUUUGCGGCCGAACGCUUAAUCAGUGUGAUCCAACCAUUAGCAUUUUUCUCCCGACGAAAAUCUUCAGCUUGGAAACGCGCCGUUAUAACAGAAAUCAUCAUCCUCAUUCUGGCGGCAACAUUUUCCUUAUCACAUUUAUGGAUAUAUUAUUAUUGGUGGACCUCGCCCCAGUACAGCAGCCAGGACGAGAUGCUGCUGGACAUUCCAUCGCUGAAGCACUGGUACAUUGUGCAGACGAAUGCUGACACGAUCAUGCUGAUUGCCAAACGCCUCUUACUGCUCUUGAUAGACGGGGUGCUGAUAUUUGUUUUGUGGCGACAUAAGAGGCGUGUUAAAAGAACGCUGUCUCGCCGGACAAGUUCGUCAACACAGAAUGCCAAUCGCAUCGUUUAAGGCAGUCUAGUGUUAUAUCUAAUCACCCAGCUACCUACUCUCGGUUUCCAGUUCGCCCUCAUCGCCAGCCGUCCACCAUACUGCAUGUUGGACUUAACCAGUGGUGAGGAUGCCAGUGCUGAUGAUAUCGUGCAGAUUAUCAGCUGGGUGGAUUAUUCG